AUGGAGACAUUUAAAGAAUAUGUAACAAAAAGGAUAGAUAAUACAAUUCCACAAGUAAAAGAAAUGUUCAAACUGAUAUGGUUAGGAGUAGCAGAUUCAAUGAAAUUAAAAGGAGCAAUCAUUCGAACCAUAAAAUCAGAAGUCUUAAGAAAGAAUUUCAUACAUUGUAUAUUUUUAAAUGGUAUAAUAUUCUUGGGUACCUAUUUAAUCUAUUUAUAUUGGGUAUCACCAAUGUUAAAUUAUUUAUUAAAUCAUUUCCCAACUUUAUCAAAUAUGUUUACAAUCAUUUAUUUUUCAUUAUGGGUUUAUCCAGUUUAUAUAUUUAGUAUUAUAGCAAAUUCCAAAUGGUAUACAGAGAUUGCAAAAGAAUCAUUUGUAAUUUCAGGUCGUACAACAUUUGCAAAUUCUACAAAUGGAAUUUUAUCGUCAUUCGUUGAUGAAAUUUAUAGAAAUCUUUUAUUUGGUGUAAUUUUGGUAAUGUCUGCAAUCAUUGCAUUCAUUCCAUACACCAAUUUCAUUAAUUUCGUAAUUAUAACUUGGCUUUAUUCAUUUUGGUGUUUCGAUUAUAAAUGGAUUUUAAGAGGUAAAUGGAAUUUAUUACAAAGAAUUCAAUACUUUGAAACACAUUGGGCAUAUAUGUUUGGUUAUGGUUUAAUAUUUACAACUUGUUCAUUCUUCUUCCCAAUGUUAAUUGGUAAUGCUAUCUUCUCAAUUUUAUAUCCAUUGUUUAUUAUAUUAUCAAUUAGUGCCAAACCAACUAAAAUGGUUAAUCAAGAUGGCAUUUUACCAAAACAAAUACCAAUAUUCUAUGUACCAGAAAUCAUUGUUAAUGUCAUUUUAAAACUAUAUGUAAAAUAUAAAAAUACGCGAGGUGCUGCUAAAUCAACAACACCAUCACCAUCACCAACUACAAAACAAAAUUGA